AAAAGAAAAUAAAAAUAAAAAGAACAACAAUGCAGCAAAAACUGAUUUUGUACAGCGUUGUUAUAUCAUUUUUUAUUAUAAAUCCUGUCACUCACGCCAUACAGGCGCGCAGCGAUAAGGAGCAGGCCCAAACGGUUGUCUCCGGCACGGCCGUGCAGUCGGUAGUUCCCGUCCAAGCACAAUCUCAAUCGCAGUCACAACAAGCGGGCUCCAAUUCAGCUGCAUCGACGGUGUCCUCGGCCUUCAAUCCAUUGGGACCGAAUGUGAUGUGCUCGUUUCUGCCUCGCGACUUCUUGGAGUGCAAGGAGCCAAUUGAUCAUCGCAAUAAUGAGACGGCUAAGCAGGUCAAGGGCUACGGCUGUCUACGAUUUGGAGGUUCCGCCUAUGAGGAUGUAGAGCACACCAAGGUGCAAUGUACGGUCUACACCGACAUCGAUUGCUACGGUGCACGCACAUUCUUCCGGGAGGGUGUGCCCUGUGUACGCUAUACGGAUCAUUACUUUGUGACCACACUGAUAUACAGCAUGUUGCUGGGAUUUCUGGGAAUGGAUCGGUUUUGUCUCGGCCAAACGGGCACUGCUGUGGGCAAACUAUUGACAAUGGGCGGCGUGGGUGUGUGGUGGAUCAUUGAUGUGAUAUUGUUGAUAACGAAUAAUCUGUUACCGGAGGAUGGUAGCAAUUGGAAUCCCUAUGUUUAAACUUUAAACUGUGGCGCACUUUGAUGUGAUAAUACUUAGUGGCAGAACUGUUGUAAAUAAAUUAUAUUUUAAGCAGAGAAUUUAUUGUCUAUCUAAGCACCUAAUUUAUUGCAAAUCUACACACAUUUCUCUAAUUCAUAAGAAAUAAAGGUACAAUAAUGUUAAAC